AGCAAAGCAAUGCUUUUCUUAGAGCUUCUCUUGGGGAGAACAUCUCCAUGUCUUAGACCCUCCGCUGGGGACAUUGUGUGCCCCGCCCUCCCUUUGAGGCAGCUGCUGUGAAGUCAGGUGGUUUAUGAGAAGAAUUCAGGUGUAGCAUUGCCCCCCACCCUCACUCCAGUAAUUGCCCCAUUCCCACUUGCUUGACCCAAACAUGGUCAGUGAGGAUAAAGACCCAGGUCUAGCUCUGAAUUCAGUUGAAAUUGAAAUUCAGUCUAAAACUGCAGUUUGGAAUCAGUAUGUGGGAAGUAAAGAUAUAGCUGACCUGUGUUAGAUACCCGAUAUAGCUAAGUGGUCCUGGGGCCAAGGGUCACUCUUGGCCCUGCCAUCAGAGUUGAAGGGGGAGCAGGUCUAUGCUGCAAGAAAGGGGCCCUCCUCCCACAGGGUAUGAGAAAGAGGGAGGGGGCUGGGACCCUGGGUUAAAGCCGCAUAUGCCAGACAGGUGCCAGAAGUGCUAGAGAUUGACUACAUUGUCUAGUGCCCAGUGCAGCAAGAGAGACAUUCCAUCCAUUCAUUAAACAAGUAUAUCAACUAGGGCCCGGAGUACAGGAAUUCAGGAACCAAAAAGUCCUUGCCUUGGACAAAUCCAUAAAAGAGUUGCACACGUGCAAAAUUAAGAUAACUGCAACCUUCACAGGAAAAGAAGAUUAACAUCCUGGCCUGGGAGACGCCAUCAGCUGGAUUCCGCCUUGCUCCCCCUGGCAGGCCUGGGCUUCCUUGCCCCUUGCAAGCGGUGGCGCUCGCUGUUCUUCCUCCAGGCCGGCAAGGGGCAGUGUGGGCUCCCCGCCUGCUGCUAUCCCGACAGCCCUCACCCGGGCGCGCGUCUUUAAGCUGGCGGAAGAGCCGGCGCGCGAGGCAGGGCUGGGGGCGGAAGUGGCUCGCACUCCGGGUGCUGCCAUGCCUGGAGACCACCGUCGCAUCCGCGGGCCCGAGGAGUCCCAACCACCUCAACUGUAUUCAGCGGACGAGGAUGAGCCGCCUGCCCCCCGCGACCCGACACGGCUGCGGCCUGUGUACGCGCGCGCCGGGCUUCUGAGCCAGGCCAAAGGGUCGGCCUACCUGGAGGCGGGCGGUACCAAGGUGCUGUGCGCCGUGUCUGGCCCGCGCCAGGCCGAGGGCGGCGAGCGCGGCAGUGGCCCUGCUGGAGCGGGCGGCGAGGCCCCGGCCGCGCUGCGCGGUCGCCUGCUCUGCGACUUUCGCCGCGCACCCUUCUCGGGCCGCAAACGCCGCGCGCCUCCGGGCGGCGGCGAGGAGCGCGAGUUGGCCCUGGCGCUGCAGGAGGCGCUGGAGCCGGCUGUGCGCCUGGGGCGCUAUCCGCGCGCGCAGCUCGAGGUGUCCGCGCUACUGCUGGAGGACGGCGGCUCGGCGCUGGCCGCCGCGCUCACGGCCGCCGCGCUUGCCCUGGCCGACGCGGGAAUUGAGAUGUACGACCUAGUGGUGGGCUGUGGCCUGAGCCUCUCGCCGGGACCUGCGCCCACCUGGCUGCUGGAUCCCACGCGGCUCGAGGAGGAGCGCGCCGCCGCCGGUUUCACCGUGGCGCUUAUGCCGGUGCUCAAUCAGGUGGCCGGGCUGCUGGGCAGCGGGGAGGGCGGCCAGACCGAGAGCUGGGCCGAGGCCUUGCGCUUGGGCCUCGAAGGCUGCCAGCGCCUCUACCCCGUAUUACAGCAGUGCCUGGUGCGGGCAGCCCGCCGGAGGGGAGCGGCCUCCGCAUCCUGAGUUCCAAGCCUGAGCACCAACAAAUGGAGUGCUGCUGCUGCUGUCCUUGAAAGACCUGUGCCGUCGGUCUCCUGCCUCCACCCAGCUAAGAAUCUGGAGCACAGGAGAGGAGGUCCACACAUGUACCGAUGCACUGGACAGCUAUGUUUGAGUGACUUUUUUUUUUACAAACUGUUAAAGGGACUUUGCUACUUGAGCUGGCACCCAGUUACGAUCCAACUGAAGAAACCUAUGGAAGCAGCCUUACUUCCAAGUUGAAAAGGACUUAAGCUGGACUUAUCUGAAAAAUGAGAUCUGGAGCUGUGGCCUUUUAAGAGAUGAACCCUGUAUAGGCCAGCUAGUGACUCUUUCCAAUAUAACUGGGCUACUCUUAAGAGGAUGAACAAGGGGGCAGUGCCUCAAUAUCUAAGCUAAAACAUAACAAAAAAACUUUUUUUUUUUAAUGUUGUAGAAA